CUCCAUUUCCCGCCAAACCACCAAAGCAGAAAAAAAAAGAAAACUGAAUCCCUAAUUCCCUCCCUCCAUUCACCAAAAGUUUUCCGUCUCCUCUCACUUCCAGUCUUUGCAGCUAUGGCUUCCGAUUCUUUCAACAACGGUCCUUCAUCACCAGAUGAUUCAUUCUCAAGUCCAAUCGGCAACACAUUCUCAUCUCCAGCUACACGUGGAAACACGCGCAGAAGCAGAUCUUCUGCUUCUGCCUAUGCGACUCCACCUCCUCCACAAUCCCGCUUUCCUGCUUCAGAAUCAACUCCAACUCCCCGCAGAUCCAAUGGCCACCAUGCUGCCACGUCAACUCCAUCUUCCAUGUCAGAAGGGGUACCACCUUCCUCCGAAGGAGGCGAUGACAUGGAAGACGCCACCCCUACGUUUGUUUGGGGUACUAAUAUUAGUGUGCAGGAUGUGAAGGGCAAAAUACAAAUGUUUUUGAAGCAUUUCAGGGAUUUGAAUAAAAGUCAAAGUCAAGGGGCUGAGGUGUUUGAAGAAGGGAAGUAUAUGAAGGGGAUAAAUAGAGUGUUGGAAAUUGAAGGAGAAUGGCUUGAUGUUGAUGGGCAUGAUGUGUUUGAUUAUGAUUCUGAUUUGUAUAAUAAAAUGGUUAGGUAUCCACUUGAGGUUUUGGCUAUUUUUGAUAUCGUUUUGAUGGAUAUUGUUAGUUUGAUUAAUCCUUUGUUCGACAAGCAUGUUCAAGUCAGGAUUUUUGAUCUCAAGACUUCUACUACUAUGAGAAAUCUUAACCCUUCUGAUAUCGAGAAGAUGGUUUCGCUCAAAGGAAUGAUAAUUCGAUGCAGUUCUAUAAUACCAGAGAUCAGGGAAGCAAUAUUUAGAUGCCUUGUAUGUGGCUACUUAUCAGACCCUAUUGUUGUGGAUAGAGGAAGGAUAAAUGAACCUACAAAUUGCUCGAAGGAAGAGUGCCUUGCUAGAAACUCUAUGACAUUGCUUCAUAAUCGGUGCAGAUUCGCUGAUAAGCAGAUUGUGAGGCUCCAGGAGACACCUGAUGAGAUUCCUGAAGGAGGAACACCACACACGGUGAGCUUGUUGUUGCAUGACAAGCUGGUAGAUACUGGAAAGCCUGGUGAUAGAGUUGAGGUCACUGGGAUUUAUAGAGCUAUGAGUGUCAGAGUCGGACCCACACAGAGAACUGUAAAAUCAUUAUUCAAGACUUACAUUGACUGUCUUCAUAUAAAGAAAACUGACAAGUCAAGAAUGACGACGGAAAAUCCUAUGGAAAUUGAUGAUGGCUUGCAUAGAACAGAGGACGAUGUCCAAUUUGAUGAAGCUAAGGCAUGUUUGUCAAUAUUUUUCUCUUCUGGAAAGAACUUGUGUUACUGUUGUCUGCUUGGAUCAUAUUCUUGUUUGAACCUGCAGAUAAAGCAAUUGAAGGAGCUCUCUGAACAGCCUGAUAUUUACGACAGACUAACAAAGUCUCUGGCACCAAACAUUUGGGAGCUUGAUGAUGUGAAGAGAGGCCUUCUCUGCCAGCUCUUUGGUGGAAAUGCUGUGAAGUUGCCAUCUGGUGCUAGCUUCCGAGGGGAUAUCAACAUCCUUCUUGUUGGUGAUCCUGGAACCAGUAAGUCCCAGCUGCUCCAAUACAUACACAAAUUAUCUCCCCGUGGCAUCUAUACUAGCGGAAGAGGAAGUUCUGCUGUUGGCUUGACUGCCUAUGUCAGCAAAGAUCCUGAGACAGGGGAAACGGUUCUGGAGAGUGGAGCACUUGUCCUGAGUGACCGAGGAAUCUGUUGUAUUGAUGAAUUUGACAAAAUGUCUGAAAAUGCAAGGAGCAUGUUGCAUGAGGUGAUGGAACAGCAAACUAUUUCUAUUGCAAAGGCUGGAAUUAUUGCUUCCCUUAAUGCUAGAACUUCAGUAUUAGCUUGUGCAAAUCCUAUUGGUUCGCGCUAUAAUCCUAGGUUGUCUGUAAUUGACAACAUACACCUUCCUCCUUCCUUGUUGUCCAGGUUUGACCUAAUAUACUUAAUUCUUGACAAGGCUGACGAACAAACGGACAGGCACCUUGCCAAGCAUAUUGUUUCGUUACACUUUGAGAAUCCUGAGAGUGCUCAACACAAUGUCUUAGACAUUGCUACAUUAACUGCAUACUUGAGUUAUGCUCGUAAGCAUAUUCACCCAAAGUUAUCUGAUGAAGCUGCUGAAGAGUUGACUCGUGGAUAUGUUGAGAUGAGGAGAAGAGGGAACUUUCCCGGCAGUAGCAAAAAGGUAAUAACUGCAACACCUAGGCAGAUAGAAAGUCUGAUACGCCUGAGUGAAGCUCUGGCUCGAAUACGUUUCUCAGAAUGGGUUGAGAAGCAUGAUGUGAUUGAGGCAUUUCGACUUCUGGAAGUGGCAAUGCAACAGUCAGCAACGGAUCAUUCCACAGGAACUAUUGAUAUGGAUCUCAUCACAACUGGAGUUUCGGCAAGUGAAAGGAUGAGAAGAGAGAAUCUUGUAUCAGCAACCCGCAACAUUAUUAUGGAGAAGUUGCAACUUGGGGGACCUUCAAUGCGCUUGCUGGAGAUACUGGAAGAACUGAAGAAGCAGAACACUAGCAACGAAGUUCAUCUUCAAGAUCUGAGGAAUGCAGUUGCAAAUCUAGCAAGUGAAGGGUUUGUAGUUGUGCAUGGCGACAGUGUAAAAAGGAUAUAGUUGGUUAGAGAAUCAAAUCUUAGUGUACGAUUAGCAAGUAUUGCUAAGCCAUGUAUGUAUCAUUUGUUAUAUGAUGAUUGUAAAGCCUUUUCGAGCUUUUUCUUUUUAAAUUUUGUUGGGUUAAAUUUAUGAAAUUAAAGGGAAGCUGUUUUUGCUUCCAUGUAUGAAAGUGUCACAUGACCAUGAACCUUGAUGGUACAGUUACAGCAGUGUUGAUUAGGCAGCCUGGCUAGGUGAGCCUGCAAAUGGAUGAGGUAAAUCCUAUAUAUGUACAAGGGAUAGACUUUAGGCGUUGAUAAUGAUGAGCUUCACGUGGAUCUUGAUGAUCAGAAUAUUCUUGAA